AUGGGAAAUACAAACCUCUCAAAGGAUAAAAAAAAUUUUGCUUGGAAAUGUCUACAGAAUGCAGUUUCAACCAACUUUAAACUUUCUAAGUUUAAAAGUGAUCUCUCCCCUUCUUGUUCUUUUGGCUGCAAUGAGGCUGAAACAAUAGAACAUCUGUUUUUACACUGUAAGUAUGCAAAAUUUGUGUGGGCUACUGACCCUUAUCCCGUAGUUGUACACUUUGACAGUACUAUACAUUUUUUAGAUGUCUUUAAAGAAUGGCUAGAGAAAGAAAAUCCUCUGAUUCCCAUAGAAAUCAUUAUGACCAAAAUUUGGUUUAUAUGGAAGGAAAGAUGCAACAGAGUUUUUGAUAAUCAACAACAAACUUGCCAGCAAGUAGCUUUAGAGAUACAGAGACACCUAGCUUUCUGGCAUAAGGAAAAAUACUUAGUUAAAAGUAAAGAUUUGGUAUCAGGAAACAAAGGAGAUAAAAUCUGGAAAUUUCCAGAAUCCCUACAUAAUAAACUAAACUUGGAUGUUGCUUGGAUAUCAAGCAGUGUACCAACAGGCUUUGCUAUAAUCUUCAGAAAUGAUGCAGGUGAAUUCACUCAAGGAAGAGCAGGACCAAUCUCAGCAACUACCCCAGAAGAAGCGGAAGCUCUAGGAUUCCUUCAGUCAGCUAAAUGGGCAAGAGCUAUGAAACUUUCUGAUUUUAGUAUGGAAGGAGACUGUAAGAACCUUUUUGAUUAUCUGAAGGGAGAGCCAUCUCAAAUCACCUGGCAGAACCAAUCCAUCAUGGAAGAAGUGAAGGAUGAAAUUUCUUUUUGUAACAAUUUUAAAGGUUUCCAUUUCAUUCCUAGAACAACAAAUAAUGUAGCUGACACACUAGCUAAGGAGGCUAGGCUCUUCAGAACUGCUAUUAACUGGGAUGCCAACCCUCCUUCUUGUAUUCAGUAUGUUUUAGAAGUAGAUAAAUCUAAUGUCAGGGUAUCGUCCACAUGCCCAGUACUAGAUGUCUCUACUGGUUUUGAUGUGAGGGUUACUAACUCCCAAAGUUAG